AUGACAGAGGUGGAUCUUACACUUAGAAAAAACAAUGAAUCACAAAAAGCAAAUGGUGAAGAAAGUAUAGUUUCUCUAACUGAGAAUUCAGAAUUCAUCGAGGAAGAUCUCUAUAUUGACAAGUACGAGGAGAGGAAAUUGCUUAAAAAGUUGGACAUAAGGCUACUGCCCAUGCUAGCGUUCAUGUACUUCUUAUCUUCAUUAGAUCGCUCGAAUAUUGCUAAUGCUUAUACUUCUGGUAUGAAGGAAGAUUUAGGUCUGACCAGUAAACAGUACUCCAAUUGUGUGUCUGUUUUCUAUUCGACAUAUCUAGCGGCUGAAUUACCUGCAGUUUUGGUAUUAAAGAGAACAAAUGUCAAAUACUAUAUGUCUUUCCUUGUAUUUUCAUGGUCAAUUAUAACGUUAUGCUCAGGAUUUGUCAAAAGCCAUAAAUCUCUAUUAGCUUUAAGAGUCUUACUGGGAACUUUUGAAGGUGGAUUUUUCCCAGCAAUGACAUUAAUCAUUAGUAUUGUUUACAAACCUCAAGAGCAGGCAAAGAGAAUAGCAUUUUUCUUUGGAUCAUCUGCACUUUCAGGAGCGUUUGGGGGCUUAAUUGCCACAGGGUUGGCAUCUGUGAAAGACGCAGGAGGUUUAGAAGGUUGGAGAUGGCUUUAUAUUAUCGAAGGAUUGAUAUCCAUUGGUGCAUCUAUUUGGUUGUUUUUAGGGUUACCUGCUAAAUUCGAGUAUUUGCCCUUCUUAAAUGAACGUGAGAGUAAACUAAUGGAGAUUCGUUCUAAACAGAGGGAGCAGUAUAUGGGGACACAGGAAAAAUUUGAUUGGUCAUUUGUGAAGGAUGCUUUGAUGGAUUUUAAGACUUAUUUUUCGUUUAUCAUUCAAUUUUGUCAAGAUACAGUAAUGUAUGGAUUCAGUACCUUCCUAACAUCAAUUCUGAAGAUGGGACUUGGUUAUUCUUCAAGAAAAUCUCAGUACAUGAGUGCUCCUGUUUACAUUUUGGCUGGUAUAGUAUUUCUCAUUUCAGCAUUUCUGAGUGAUAGGUUCAAACUGAGAGGCCCCAUUUUCUUCGGCUAUAACAUCAUGGGGAUUGUUGGGUACAUUCUUUUACUAAGUGUGCAUAACGAUGCAGUCAAGUAUUUUGCCUGUUAUUUGAUCACUUUUUCACUUUAUACUGGUACUGGUCUUAAUAUUUCCUGGUUAACCAACAAUAUGGCACCUCAUUACAAGCGCGCUACGGCUUUAGGUUUGAACCAAACCCUCGGAAAUUUAUCUGGUGCAAUUGCAGGACAAAUUUACACCAAACCCCCUUACACUUUUGGUAACUCAUUCUCACUAGGGUGUAUUGUACUUUCCAAUAUAUUAACCUUUUCACAGGUCAUUAUUUUAAAGAGGAUUAAUAUUAAGAAGAAGAAAAUAUUAGCUGGUGAGUCACCAGAUACUGCCAAGAGCAGAAGAGGUGAUUGGGCUCUGGACUACGAAUAUUGUUUGUAA